GCUAUAUAGAGUGCACCUUGUUCCUGGUACAUCGAGGUCAUCCAGCCGUCGAGCAGCCAGUCUAUCGAGACCUUCGACAAGUUCAGAUCCGUCAAGAUGCCUGCUCUUCCGCAGUUCGACUACCUCUUCGCCAUCGGUACCCUAUUCGCAUUCCUUGAUGCGUGGAACAUUGGUGCUAACGAUGUUGCCAACUCCUUCGCGACCUCGGUCGCCUCACGCUCGCUCACGCUCAAGCAAGCCAUGUGCAUCGCCUCCGUCAUGGAGUUCGCUGGCGCCAUGCUUGUAGGUUCUCGUGUCACCGAUACCAUUCGUACCAAGGUCAUCUCCAUCUCCUUGUUCGAGUCUGAUCCAUCAGUCCUGAUGCUUGGGAUGGUGUGCGCCAUCGCUGGUUCCGCUACCUACCUCACUAUCGCUACCAAAUUUACCAUGCCGGUCUCGACAACACACUCUAUUAUGGGCGGUGUCAUUGGAGUUGGUAUCGCUGCUGCUGGUCCCAACGGUGUGAAUUGGUCCUUCAAGGGUGUUUCCUCGGUGUUCGCUGCCUGGGGUAUCGCUCCAGGUAUCUCUGGAUGUUUUGGUGCCAUCAUCUUCCUGAUAACCAAGUACGGAGUCAUGAGGCGUAAGAACCCCGUUAAGAAGGCCUUCAUCAUGGUUCCUCUGUACUUCUUCCUCACCUCCUUCCUUUUGGCUCUCCUUAUUGUCUGGAAGGGAGGGUCCGCUAAGAUCAAGCUCACGGACUACGAGUCCGUCGGUGUCGCCUUCGGUGUCGGUGGUGCUGUGGCAAUCAUCGUCGCCACUUUCUUCAUCCCCUUCUUACACCGCAAAAUUAUCAAGGACGACUGGGAGCUCAAGGGUUGGGAAGUCAUCAAGGGACCUCUUCUACUUAAGCGUCCUGAGCCUCGUCAGCGUCCUGAGGGCGUCACCACUGGCAUCAUCCCCAACUUCUACGAGGGUCAUUUGACUGCAGACGAACUUGCGGCGAAGCGCGCCAACCAGAGCGUUGCUGCUCCCGCUAACGUCGAGGAUCUCGAGAAGGGUGGUGCUCACGUUACACAUCCUAAGAUGGACCGUAGCGACUCCGAUAUCACCCCCAUUCCCGAGCCAGUCACUGCCGCCGUCGCUGGGCCUGCUCUGCGCCAGCUGUCGAAGCCAAAGAAACAGCCACCCCCUGGUGCGUGGUACACGCCUUCGGUAUUGUUCUUCUGGGUCAAGUACUUCGCCCUCCGUGGUGUUGAGCAGGAUGUUGUCGACCAGCAAAAGCACAAAGAUUUCCUUUCUGGUGACAUCGAGAAGAUCCACGCUACUGGCGAGCACUACGAUAACCGCGCUGAGUACACCUACUCCUUCCUCCAGAUCAUGACUGCAUCAACGACCUCGUUCGCCCAUGGUGCCAACGAUGUAUCUAAUGCCAUUGGCCCCUACACCACCAUCUACUUCAUCUGGUCUACUGCAAAGAUUUCUUCCAAGGUUCCCGUACCCUUGUGGAUUCUGGCCUUUGGUGGUGCUGGCAUCGUCAUCGGUCUCUGGACAUACGGUUACAACAUCAUGCGCGCGCUCGGUAACAAGAUCACCCUGCACUCUCCCGCACGUGGUUUCUCUAUGGAGCUAGGCGCUGCCGUCACCAUCAUCAUGGCUACCAAGCUUGCCCUCCCUGUCUCCACUACACAGUGCAUUACUGGUGCAACUGUCGGUGUCGGCCUGUGUAACGGUACCUGGAGGACCAUCAACUGGCGCAUGGUAGCCUGGAUCUACAUGGGUUGGUUCAUUACACUGCCCUGUGCGGGUCUGAUGUCGGGUUGCCUGAUGGGCAUCAUCCUCAAUGCACCUAGGUGGGGUGGCGGUGUCUAGAUUGUCACUGAAGAAAUUGGAAUGCUGUAAUGUAUGCAUGAGAGCUGGCUUAGUAUGUUCAACGCUCGCUUGGCGUGAGAGGAGAGAAUCUUUAUGCUUGUCAAAAGUCGACUGGAUACCACCUAGAAUUCAAAUCAUCAUCGCUCGUUUCAUA